CCAUAUCUGCCCCUCAUGAUGGGUGCCUGUAAGACUGUGACCUUGCUGACGGCCGUGACCGCCGUGGUCCUGGCUGUGUACGUGUACUCCUCCCUCCCUCCGGACGUCACUGAGCCCGGCAAACUCGUCAUGUUCAAGGCGGUGUUCUUCACUUUCAGCCUCAUUGGAAGUACAUACGAGAAGCUGGGCUUCGGCGAUAGAGCAGACUUGUUCCGCAGUAUCGGCGUCAAACCUUCGUUCCUGGUGUCAGAUUCUAACCUGGAAGUUAGAGACUCGUCCUUCAGCGGCGUUCAAGUUCGGAUCUACAAACCACAAGUCCAGAAGGGGGGAAGCAAAAUGACGGGUCUGAUGUUCUUUCAUGGAGGAGGAUGGGCCCUCAGCUCCACUUAUGCAUACGACCGCCUUGUGGGACGCAUUGCACUGGGGACUGGAGCUGUUGUGGUGUCAGUGGAAUACCGGCUGGCCCCUGAACAAAAGUUCCCGGUCCCGUUUGAAGACUGUCUCACGGCGACCCAACAUUUCCUCCAGCACGCCGCCGAGUUCGGAGUCGACCCGACAAGAAUCGGCGUGGCGGGAGACAGCUCAGGCGGCAACCUGGCUGCCGCGGUCGCGCUGAGGCUGGAAAAGGACGACAAAAAGAAGCUGCCGCCCUUAAAACUCCAGGCCCUAGUUUACCCCGCUCUCCAAGCGUUCGACUUUCAAACUCCGUCGUACGCCAGAGGGCACAGCGUUUACGUUAACCUCCCUGCUAAGCUGAUGAUCGGAUUCUGGGUAAAAUACCUCAACAACAACAUGUCCCUGAUCGACGUGUUUUCAAACAACGGCCACACGACUGCGUUGAGGAAGUCGCGCUUUGCGUCUUACGUGGACCGGCACUUUCUCGACGAGUCCGUGCCAAGAUUGACACCUGAAGACAUUAGUGUAGAUCUCCCAGACGACUUGAAGGACAUCCUGAACCCCUACUUUUCCCCGCUGAUGGCAGAAGACGCCGACUUGUCCGGACUGCCCGACACUUACGUCAGUGUGUGCGGGACGGACGUCCUGAGGGAUGACGGGAUCAUGUACGCCAAGAGGCUGGAAAUGGCGGGAGUUCAGGUCCGACUGGCGCGCUACCCCUCAGGCUUCCACGGCGUCAUGUCCAUGGACUUGGCUUUGAAGCAUUUUGAAUUUGAGCUCGGAAGACAGAUGCUGCAGGACCUGGUAACAUUCGUUCGCGAGAAGCUCUGAUAGAAUUCAAGUCUAUUGCUUGACACUAAUACUGAAUAGGGCAACGCCCAUCUCCCUUUCCAAAGCCCUUUAUAGGCCGCACAGUCUGUUCAAGCACCUCAUGCACAGUGGGGCUAGUCCACUUGUACCAUGGUUGUGUGUAUGUAGUAAUAUAAGGUUUCCAGCAUAAGUAGUAUGACUUUACAUGUGAUCCCGCCGAAUUCACCGAUCAUUCGGCUGCUGCUACUCCACGACUACUGAACUAUGCAAACAGGUUGUUGCAUUAUCCAAGAUUAAAGUCAUAAACGUAGUUAUUAGCAAGCAGUGCUGUCAUUACUGUGAAUCUUAUGUGUAGCCUUUGCAGUAGCAAACAAAAUUGUGUACAUAAUUAUUUCAAUAGACCUUAAUGGCUUAGCAUGAUACUAAUGCCGUAAUGAAUGCAUUAAACAU